UCAGUGUUUUUGAUUUGAAUGGUUAAACGUACGCUCUCCACAACCAACAACAUCACAUCACAAUCCCGGUCGAGUCCAAACACCGACUUGAGAUACAGACUUGAGAUAUUAUUACUGGAGACAGAGAUAUCUCGCACGAUAUACGAGAUUUUCGAUAGAGAUUGCAAAAUCAGGCGAGCAGCAGUUUUAGCAACAGAGUUUGGUUGCGCUCAGUUGGCCAGCCAGAGUUACGGGAAUUACACAUACAUAUGUAAUAUUACGAGUCUGUGAUUUUAGUUAACGAAGAAAACGACAAAAAAAAUUAAGUGAUUUCGAUUUGUGACUGUGUGACUCUAAGACUCUAAAACACUCUCUCUCUGUCUAACUGUUUCUUAAUAUUUUGAGUGGUGCGCGUGUUCGAUAAACGAUAAACGAUAAAAGGCAAUAACUAUUCAACAACAAUUACAAGUAUUAAAGUCCAAUGCAAGCUGAAGGAUAAUAAUAGUGUAACCACAAAAGUGAAUAAGUGAUAUUGUUAAUAACUACACAUUGCACAAAAUCAGAGCGAAAGGAGUUAAAUUAUCUCUCAACCAAAAUGGAAUACCUCUCACAGUUUUACGAUGGCUGGCGGGAUCUUAUGGACAACAAGUCAGAUCAGCGCACCCGCGACUAUCCGCUCAUGAGUUCGCCGUUCCCAACGAUAGCGAUCAGCUUGUCAUACGCGUACUUUGUAAAGGUUCUUGGUCCCAAACUCAUGGAGAACAGAAAACCGUUUGAGCUGCGCAAAGUGCUGAUCGUGUACAAUGCGUUGCAGGUUCUCUUCAGCAGCUGGCUAUUCUACGAGUCAUGCCUAGGUGGAUGGCUGAAUGGCUAUAACUGGAGAUGCGAGCCCGUUGAUUAUUCCUUUUCACCGCAUGCGAUACGGACUGCCAAUGGCUGCUGGUGGUAUUAUUUCUCCAAGUUCACCGAGUUCUUUGACACCUUCUUCUUUGUGAUGCGCAAGCGUUACGAUCAAGUGUCCACACUGCAUGUGAUCCACCACGGUAUUAUGCCCGUGUCGGUGUGGUGGGGCGUCAAGUUCACACCCGGCGGCCACUCGACCUUCUUUGGCUUCUUGAACACAUUCGUGCACAUCUUUAUGUAUGCGUAUUACAUGCUCGCUGCGAUGGGACCCAAGGUGCAAAAGUAUCUGUGGUGGAAGAAGUAUCUGACGGUGAUGCAGAUGAUCCAGUUCGUGAUGGUGAUGGUGCACUCGUUCCAGUUGUUCUUCAAGAACGAUUGCAACUAUCCCAUUGGCUUUGCCUACUUCAUUGGCGCCCACGCGGUGAUGUUCUACUUCCUCUUCUCCAACUUCUACAAGCGUGCCUAUGUGAAGCGCGAUGGCAAGGACAAAUCCACUGUCAAGGCCAAUGGACAUGCGAAUGGUGACGUGAAGAAGGACGACGAUGCGCCGCCGCCAAAGAAGGUUUCUCCCUUCAGUGUGAAUCGAUUCCAGAACACGUUCAACAAAUUCACAACCGAAAUGUGCAAUCCAGCUCUCAAUUCAAACAUAAAUCCGAACACGACGAGACAGCGAGUGAAUGUGAAUGCGGGCAACAAGUGAAGAAAAGGCGAUUUUCUCAUCCUCGCCUUCGCCGUCCACAAUGCUAGCCAAACAGCCAGCCAGCCAGCCAACCAAUAAACCAAUUAAUAAAUAAACAUAAUAAGAAGAAGAAGAAGAAGAAAGAACCAAGCAUAAAUUAAUUAAAUGUACCACAUAAAUGAAAACGUAACAUUAAUGAACUAAUUAUAAGCAUAGGGAGUCCAAGUGUAAUUCUAAGAAAGGAAAACUAAUCCAUGUCAUCGAAAUCCAAAUUGCACAACACAAAAAUAUAUGUUAUAUAUAUUCAUAUAUAUCUAUACUAAUCUAUAUCUAUCUCUCCCUUUCACACACACACAUAGCUUAAUAUAUAGAUAUGUAUGUAAAUAUAUGUAUAUAUGAUAUAUCAUAACCGAUUUUGGUAUUGCAAGCAAAUAACAAAUUUUUUAUAUGUGUGUAAUUAUUUCUUUGGAUUUUUUUGAUCAACAGAGAUGUGUUUUUUAUUUUAUAA